AUGUUUCCCAUGGUAACUGGGUUCAUGAAUUAUGGGCAACAAACCAUACGAGUUGCACGGUAUAUUGGUCAAAGUUUCAUGAUUACCUUAUCCCAUGCAAAUCGUUUACCUGUAACUAUUCAAUAUCCUUAUGAAAAAUUAAUCACAUCGGUGCUAGAUGUAGCUUUUCCCCCGGGAAAGAUGCCUAAUAUUUACAACACUUCGGUAGUUAAGGGUCAAGAUACUAUUGGUCAAGAAAUUAAUGUGACUUGUGAAGUACAACAAUUAUUAGGAAAUAAUCGAGUUCGGGCUGUAGCUAUGAGUGCUACAGAUGGUCUAAUGAGAGGAAUGGAAGUGAUUAUAUAG